AUGGCCUCGCUACCAAUACCUCAAUUCUUGAAAACGCUCUUCGAUUCCUUCCCCCUCCUAACCUACCCCGCGAACUCACUCCCCUCCCGAUGCCCGACAUUUGACGCCGUCCCAUCACUGUACGUCUUCACCACGUCCGAGGAUGCAGUCUCCGGUAACCCGAGCUUCAACCCGGGCUGUUUGAAAUGGCAGGCGUAUAUGAAGUUCAAUCAAAUCGAGUUUAAAACGGUCCCGUCAAAUAAUCACGCUUCGCCGACGGGUGCGCUACCUUUCGUGAUCUCACAGCGGAGGUCCAUGUCCGAAUCCAUGGAGCUAGCGGUCGUCCCAUCGAAUAAACUUGCGGCAUGGAUCGAGAAGCAUGGGUAUUCUUUUGAAGGGAUGGUGGGUAUGGAUAGUGCUCGGGCGGAGGCUUUUCUGGCGUUGGUUAACUCUCAGUUGAGGGAUGCUUGGUUAUACUCCCUCUACCUCGAACCGAAUAACUCGCAGGAUCUGGCCAGCGUAUUGUACUGUGGGAGUUCGGUUUCUGCCGUUUCCUCCUUUCUCCUGCGGCAGACGAAGGCUGCUGCGCGGCAACAGCUACUGCAAGCCCAUCCCGGAGGAGUCCUUGACCCGCGCAAGAUAUAUGCCGAUGCUGGUGCUGCCCUUCAAGCUAUUUCUACGAUUCUAGGAAAUCAUAUGUGGUUCUUUGGCGGCAGUAACCCUGGGCUGUUCGACGCUUCGGUAUUUGCCUACACGCAUCUGAUUUUGACGCUGAGAUGGCAUAGUGAGGAGAAUGCGCUUUUGAGGGCUGUUAUGGGGCAUGAUAAUUUGCUGGGCCAUGAAGAGAGAAUUCGGUGCGAGUUCUUCCGGGAAGCUAAGACUCCGAACCUAAACCAUUGGGUUUGGGAAGCUUAAAAGAAAGGGGAAAAUAGUCGAAAAGCACAAAAGAAGCUGUGUACUUACCGUAGGAGCUGGAAUAAUUGAACCCCACGCUAAGACGUCUAGUAUUCCCCUCAUUGGGCAGGGGGAGUAAUAAAAAUGAUAACUGUCCGGAGUAGUAAAUCAACGAUAAUUGUUACCGUGGAGGGGGGGGUAGGGUCCGCAGUCACAGACUAUCACUCGGCCAAAACAAAACGCCAAGACUUUUAGGCAGCAGUCAACUACGUAAAGAGGGACAGGAGUAUAAAUAAACGACAAAGAUCAGCUAUCCUUCCUCUCCUCCCUUUCCCCAUCGCCACAUAGCGACUCCGCAAAGACUCUCCAAUAUCCUUCCGCGCUCCCCCGCUACCUCCCGGGCUCCCACUGCCUUCCGAACAAAGACUCCUGAUGGCCACAACUCCCUUGACGUUUGUAUCCUUCCCCGCCGGAAGCGCUUUUCCAAAGCGCACAACGAGGACGUCUGCCACAACAAAGCAAGUGGUGGGAGGGGAACGAACAGGCGGGAACGAACAAACGGCAGGCCCCGGGAAUGUACAUCGAAUAUGCGCGGAGGCGAAUGAAUGGGCAACAAAAGGACCGAUAGUUGACGGACAGGUGAGUAGCUGUGCCGGCGAAUGGAUGGGUAGUGGUGCCGGCGAACAGAUGUGCCAAUGGAUAACGAACAGGUGAAUGAACGAACAAACGAAUAAAUGAACGGGCGGAUGGAUAAACGGACGGAAAAUGAACGGGUAGAUGGACGGGCAGUUGUCUGGGAAUCAUGCCGAGCAUGCUCGGAACAUGUUGGGUGGUGGUCGUAGUCGUGGGCAUGGCGAGCAGCUAUUUUCAACAGGGGGGACCACCCUGAAAAACACCAGAUUCGCCCUCCACUCGGGUAGGUAAUGUGAAAAACACAACAGACCUUAGUGGGAAGGGCAACUAUAACGCCUUAGCGUGAAGCUUCCUUAUUCCAGUUACGAUACAUGAAAGUAUUGGAUGCACCUUACACUGUAUUAAUGGUGUCGUAUCUUAAUCUAAGUCCAAACGAAAUGUCAUGGCAGCAUGCAUCUUGACUCCAAUCCACUUGUCUGCCCUCUUCCCCAGCCGCUGCGCAUGCUCGGCACUAUCGACGCCCCUCUCCUCCACUUCCCCCAGCAACCGCAAGCCAACUUUUCCAGCAGCCUUCAAAAUACCUUCAAUCGAAUGAUUAAAAGACACCCCCUGAAUCUUGACCUCCUUUUCCCCUUCCAUUGCCACGAAUCCAGCUCUGGAAGACAGGCCUUGCUCAGGAUGCAUGUUCGUCAAGUACAUCCAUCCACCCUCCGUCAAAGCCUCUUUCACAGCUCCAAAGAACACAUCCAAUUGAAGGUGUUCCAAAACCAGCGUGCAGACAAUAGCAUCAACCCCCCUCGCCUCCCGGGGAAUCCGGGAAUCCGCGUCAAUGUCGUGGAGUACCCAGGUGAUCACUACAUCCCGUUGGGGCUCGGCAGUAAUUCGUGCCUUUGCCUUGGACAUCAUUCUCUCGCUCACGUCCAUUGCGACAAUCUCUGUUGCUUCGGGGAGCGAGCGGUAGAGUUUGGCGGUGUUGCGGCCCGUGCCGCACCCCAGGUCCAGUAUUCUGGAGGGUGGACGGGUGCUUAAGAGUCCCGGGACGAUUGCAUCGAACGCUUCGUUAUCCUGAAGUUGGAGGAUGUUCCCAUCGUGAUCGUAGACCUGUUUUUUUU